AUGGCAAACCUCGGAUCAUGUGUCUUGAAGCAUAGCUCAAUUGAGAGUUUAAACGAAGCAAGUGAGCUACCUAAGGAGACGAUUGCAAGAUUGAAGAAUUUAUCCUCGGAAAAAAUGUUUUCAUCGAUCGAGAAGACAAUACAGGAGGCACGUUUAGCUAGAGGGGAUAUUGAAAAGCAGUAUACUCUCUACUACCGAUGUGCACAGUUGGCAAAACUGAUUUACAAGCAAAAUGACUUUGCGAAAUUCAAAGCUGAGCGAGGAGCGAUUUUUGGUCUGCGAUUCAAGGAGGCCCUUGAUGAGGCGGAUAACCUUAAGACUAUACUCAACAAGAAGUACGAGGAGAAAAUGCUUAGAGCAUCACAAGACGCUUCGACCGAAGUACGAGUGCUAAAGAAUAUGGAUAAUGCAAUUACUGCCGAGGGAGAACUUCGACCUUCCUCCAGCGUUUUAAUAAGCCCAAAGGAAUUGGUUCGAAUGAUUGAGCACGCACAGCCAAAAAAGACUGCCGUCAUUGUCGAUUUUCGGAAGGACAAAUCAGAAGUUAUCAACUAUAAACAUGGACAUUUCAUCACUGUGGUGUCCGUACCAUACGACGUGAUUGUCACAGGCUUGAUAUUUACUUCGCUACGAAAUCAGCUGGAAGUUGGCCAGCGACCUCUUCUUCAUCGUAUAGGAUCGUGCGAUCUUGUGAUACUAAUGAGCGACGCUGAUGUUGAGCUCAGAAAUGGGCAGCCAGUGCGUGGAUCAAAAGCUCAUUUACUCUCCAUGGCUUUGUAUGAGUGUCGGAAAGUGCGAUUACGACAGAAAUUUGUCUUUUUCGCAGUGCAAAGCGCUAAGCGUAUGGAAACAACCUUCUCUGCUCAUGACUCGGCAGUAUCCACAUCGUCUGUCAAGGAGGCACCGUCAGCACCUCAGAGUAGUGCUGCUGCGUCAUCAGUUACGGUGUCUCCAAAAGCUGCAGGUGACGGUGAUAUGUCAGCGAUUACCUCACCCCCACUCUCUACUAACCAAAAGAGCACAGGUCCCGUAGCUCCCACACAGCAGGCACCUUCACGGCUGUCACCUGUUGAAACUUCCAAGCAUGAUCCAGGUGUGGCACAGCCAGUUGCUUCUGGAUAUCAUCCAUCAGUAUCUGUUGGGCCACCUCCAUCGGUACCUCCUCGGCUGCCUAUGGUUGAUAGAUCGAACAAACCAAAUCAGCAUUACGAUGCCGCUCAAGAGAGUAGAAUAGAAGCUGUUCGUAUUGCUCCUGUAUCGAAAACUAAUGCUCAUCCUUCACAACCUCGACUUCCUGAUCGUAGUACUAAACCUGUUCUAGUAAGGUAUGAGUAA